GAGACCAACAGUUUUGUGACUGUAACGUUUCUGCAGCGUUUUCUGUAACGAUUUCUGUACAUAUACGCAGUUAAGAGUGCAGCGAUGAGUAUUUUGCUGGAAGUUCUGACGUCUGCUCGUCAUUAUGCUGACAUACCGACGACCAUGGCGGCUACAUGUGUGUUUCUGCUGACAUAUCUGUAUCUCCAGCGGCCGAAAAACCUCCCGCCCGGACCCAGGGGCUGGCCGCUUCUCGGAAACAUCACCAUGUUAGCCAAGGGACACCGCUUUCUGACGAUGACCGAAUGGGCGAAGACGUACGGACCUGUCUACCGGAUACAGCUGGGGAGGAGAACGGUGGUUGUGCUUUCCGGAUAUGACGUCAUGCACGAGGCUUUGGUGAAGAGAGGAGAAGAUUUUUCAAGCAGACCAAAUGAUCCAGUGACUAAGCUUAUCAACCCCCAGAGGCUAGGUAUCAUUUCCGCUCCUUUCGGCACUCCGUGGAAGGAACACCGGAAGUUCACACUGAUGUCUCUCCGGGAGUUCGGCUUUGGGAAGAGAAGCUUGGAGGGGAAAAUCUUAGAGGAGUCGGUCGCUCUUCAGGCAGAAAUCAUGAAGAUGGGGAACAAACCGUUCAACAUUAGACGUAUGGUCCAGAAUGCCGUCACUAACGUCAUCUGUUCCAUUGUGUUCGGAUCCAGGUUCGAAUAUAACGACGACAAGUUCACACGCUUGAUGGACGCUCUUGACCGAGGCCUUUCCUUCAACUUUUUUGGCCAAAUUGCCGUCUUUUUCCCCAUCUUGCGACGUGUGCCAGGACUGGGACAAGGCCCACAAAUUAUGCUAGACCUCAUGGGCACCAUUAGAGCUUACCUCCGAGAGGAGAUGGACUCCCACAAGAAGACAUUCGAUUCCAACGACAUCCGGGACCUUAUCGAUUCGUACGUGAGGGAGACCAAAUCUCGUGAGAAAGACGACGAGACCACGUUCACUGAUGGGUACACAGAGAUGGUGCUGUUUGACAUGUUCGUCGCCGGGGCGGAAACCACCUCCACUACUCUGUACUGGGCGUUUCUGUACAUGAUUCUCAACCCGGACAUCCAAGCAAAGGUUCAAGAGGAGAUCCACUCCGUGCUCGGAUACGACAAGCCGCCGUCCACCGCCCACCGUGCCCAGAUGCCGUACACGGAGGCCGUCCUGACCGAGGUGGCUCGCAUCGGCACCAUCCUGCCGACAAGCGUCACUCGCGCAACAUCACGUGACACCAGUUUCCAUGGAUACAACAUUCCAGAAGGCACGGCGGUGCUGCCCAACUUGUGGUCCGUCCACCAUGACCCGCAACAUUUCCCGAACCCCGGAAAGUUCGAUCCUGGCCGCUUCUUGGACGCUCAGGGACAGUACCAGAGGGACGACCACGUCAUGCCGUUUGGUCUCGGCCCACGAAUUUGCCUUGGGAAGCAGCUGGCAGAGAUGGAGCUCUUCGUGUUCUUCACUUCUCUGCUGCAGCACUUCACAUUCAACCUGCCACAGGGCGCUGCCAAGCCUACCACCACUGGGAUCAAUGGAAUCACCCAUUCGCCUAAGAAUUUCGAACUCGUCGCUGAGCCACUGGCUUAGUGUCGCUGUCAUUGUUAUAAGGCUCAAAGAGUUAAAAGAGAUUGGCUACAUCCUGUACCUUGCGGCAUUUUCAAGAAAAGAAGUGAUAACAGACGAAGCUUAAGUGCUAUCAUUAGGGUAAAUAUAGUUUUCUAUAACACGUGGAGCCUUACUACAGAGCAUGUAAAUUCUAUGGUUGACAUUUCAAGAGUACAAAUCUAAUGCAAGCUCUCGCGGCAAAAUCACUAGGUUCACUUCUACAAGUACACUCAAGCCUUCCACCCGAGGAUUUUAUAUUUUUUGGUACUCUGCCAUGCUGACUGUCUCCGGAUAGAACUUGAUUCCUGUUGCUGUGGUUGUUUCUUGUUAAAAUCAGGCAAAAUCAAAUAAGGAGAUUCAAGUUUCCAAACAAGUAGGCGUAGCUUAAUGUAUUUUGGGCCCAAAAAGUGCAAACAGUAUCUGUUUUAACUUAACCAACAAUUGACUUGAUUGAGAAAACAGCUUACAGACAUGUUUGUUUGUUUGUAUAUCUUAUUUAUCUAUCUAUUUGUGCAUUUAAUUGGUAUUCACGCCAGUUAUGAUUAGUUUUAAUUAAUUUUCAGGGGAGCCCUUUAAUACAAAAUCAUAACAAAUAAAUAAAAGAAACAGGAAAAUCAUACUGAAAUUAAUGAGAUUGAAUAAAUGACAAUUUGUCGCCCUCUGUUGGACGGGUAUUAAGGGUUGUCACCU